AUGGAGGAUAUUGAUCCAACUUACAUCCAACCACCAGAGCAUAGAAAAGAUUCGAAUUUCAUCCCUAACCAACCCGAAGAGAUACGCGUGAUCGAUCUCUCGCGCCUCGACGAUCCCGAAGAUGUCCAAAACGUUAUCUCAGAGAUUGGUGACGCCUGUGAGAAAUGGGGAUUCUUUCAGGUGAUCAAUCAUGGUGUGCCUUGCGACACAAGACACCGUGUGGAGAAGACUGCAAGGAUGUUUUUCAAUUUGCCAAUGGAAGAGAAGCUGAAGGUGAAGAGAGACGAGGUGAAUCAAGUAGGGUAUCACGAUGGAGAGCACACGAUAAACAUUAAAGACUGGAAAGAAGUGUUCGAUAUUAAUAUCAAAGAUCCAACGGUUAUUCAUUCUUCCACUGAUCCUGAAGAUGAAGGUUUAAGGCUUGUGUAG